AUGUCAACACAAUAAGAAUUACCAAUCUUUAAUCAAUAGACUCCUUAACCAUCAAGUUAAAUAUCAAAGGUUUAAUACCCCAUUUUAAGUAAUGUAGUACCAGCAGCUUAAUAUAUUUAAUUGGAUGAUGUUUAAUAAGCUGUUGCUGAGAAAUCCGUUGUGAUUGAAAUUAAUUCAGAUAGAUCAGCAUUUCUGAUCGAAUAUUAUAAGAAAAUAUUACUCUAACAUUCAAUCAUAUUAGGAUUAUUCAUACUUGGAUUGACAAAAUGGUUUAGUUCAAUAGUAGUAAUUCAUCAUUAUUGGUGGAGUUACUUUAGAUGGACUUGGUAUGUUGUGUUAGGAUUGUUGAUUGCUAUAGCAUUAGGUCUCCCAAUCUUGAGAAAAUAUAGAUGCAUUGUAAUUCCAUAUUGUUUAUGUAUUAUUAGGUGUCUUAGUAAUCAAAAUUGUUCCAUUUUCAAACAGUAUUAAUAGCCUUUCUUUUGAUUGGAAUAGCUGGAAAUCAAAGAGGAAAUAGUAAUCACAAAACUGUAAAUAUUUGGAUAAUUUUGGUAUUGGUGAUUUUAAUUGGUCAUGAUUUACUUCAAAUAAUUAUUGUGAAAACUUAAAGAACUCAUUACUACACUGCUUUAAUGAAAUUUGCAAUCAUGGGAUCAUUAGCAUUAAAUUUCAUUGUAGGUUUAUCAAAUAAGAAUCUUGACAGAGCAUUUCCUAUUUCUGAAAUAAUUAUCAUAUAUGCUCUUUAUUAUUUCAAUCAAUUGAAUGAUUAAUUAUUGAAAUAGACUCAUGAAUUACCAGAGGAAUUAUCAAUUGUUGAAAGAAUCCAAUAGCUUACUUUGAUUAGAAAUUUAUUUAAUUAGGAGGCCAGAUAAAAUCAAAUAAUUGAAUAAAUACAAGACACUCAUUGUGUAAUUAGCAAACAUUUAGUAAUUGUAAUUGGAUCUAGUGUUGGAUAUAUUGCAGUAUUAGUAUUAAGUAUUGUAACUGGAAAUGGGUUUUUAAUAUUUACAUUGAUUUUGGGAUCGAUUUCAAUGUUGAGUGUGAUUUUAGAAACCUAAGUUGCUUCAAGAGUAUAAAUUAAUUAAAUAUUUUUAUUAGAGUUUGAAACCAGAAGACUCACAUUAUGCAGUUUGUUUGACUUAUCUUGACAUGGCUAGUCCCCUUAGAUUAUUAUUGAGAAGCUUAUUCAAUAAAUGA